AUGGGGCCCAGCGGUGACCAGGAGCCGCGCACCAAUAACUUCCAGCGCGCGGGGCUGUAUGUUGAGCAGGAGGUGCGGUGGUACGAUCACUUCUACGACAUCAAGGCGACCGGCCCCGCCAUGAGCUGCGGCGACACAUACUUCUGCCCCCUGCCGGGCGACCCCGCGUCUCGCAAGCCCGCCCCCAUCACCAGCGCCGCCCCCGUUGACUGCGUCGACAUGGCGCCGCCCAACACGCUGUGCACCGCCGUCAAGUGCGCCUACAAGUACUGGCCGGGCUGCUCAAACAGUGACAUCAUCAGCGGCGGCUUCUGCGCGAGCAGCUGCAGCCGCUGCCCCGCCGCGGCGGUGUGCCUUGUUGUGGUGUAG